AUGCCGUCAUUAUUGUAUCUUUCAAGUCUCCUCCCCAUAAUUGGGCUAGCACAAGCGGAAAAGUUUCCACAGUCACUAGCGGACUUGCACGCUCAACUCAAGAGAGAUGACGGAGUUACGUUUGAUCCGCUUGGUGUUGCGGCUGUUCUCUACAACCCUCGCGUUGACAAAAGUGCAGCGAGACUUUACACCCAGUUUGAUCGAGGAUUGUUCAUAUGGCCACACCUGACAAUGAUUGGAGGGACGUUGCCGCCCAUGCAAAUGCUUGUUGAACGACUUAAUGCCACGAUGAAGUGGAUCCAUCCAUCUAUCAAACUAUGCGCACAAGAUACGACUAUGCUCCCUGUACGAUCAGACGUAUCGGGGAAUGUGUUUCGCCAACUGCCACUCAACUUGAGCAACGAAUGGCUGACUGAUAUAAUAUCCUUUCCAACAUCCAAGCAACCUGGAAACGACUUUGUUGUCGUGCGUGUGGAUUCCAUGUACCCAUCAAGCGCAGAACGACAGAAAAAUGUGCGUCAGCAAUCGGGAAAUCUCAGAUGGCUUCUCGGCAAAUGGGCAUUGGACACGAUUUGCCUAGUCAACGGGGCCAUGCUGAUGACUGGUAUGGUAUGCGGAAUUUUGACAGCCGACAUUUGGGCUUUCAGCUUGUUCUUUUUAUACAGCAGUCAUUGGUUUGCUUCAGUGCUCAUUUCUUUUACUUCUAUGGUCAAGAUCCACAAACCAGAGCACAUCCAAAAUGACUUGCAGCAUAGAUAUGCGGUGUACGAGCGCGAUGAGGGGGGCACUGUGAUCUUCAAAGGACCACAAAAGGAACUUGAGGAAUGGGCGCGUUCCACAUGGGAAUAUGACCAGUCUUGGGUGAAGGAUUGUUUGCACUGGUUCUGGACCUUGUCAGGGACAUUCUCUGGCAUAUCCUCGGUUGCAUGUAUGGUGAACAUGAAGGGAGCUCUGCAAUUGGCAUUUUUAGGGGUUCUGGUAUACGCUUCAUUAGCUGAGAUUGGUGCGACCAGGAUCGCGCGUCAUCUGCAAACCAAGGCUCAUGGUCAUAUUUUUACUGCCCGAGUGUUGGAUAACCAAACCAGAAGCGAAGCAAUUAUCCGUGCAACCUUGCAAAUUACGCCGAAAUGCCGUCUUAGAGGUCUGAAUUGGGUCAAAAUGGGACUGCUUCCUCCAAUGCGGGUUUUUGAGAAGAUGCAGGAACUAUUGAGAGAGAUUUCAGACAUGGACCAAAGCAUAGAGCAUCCUCGAGGCAUGGUGGAAGAAAAAUGUGAUAAUUUCCUCAAUGACAUGGAUUCCUCGGAGCAGAUGUUGGCUAAAAGAAUAGCCAAGGAAGUGAUGGAGACGCUGGGGUACUUGAAACGUGUAUAA